AACAGGGGAGUCCCAAGUCCCCUCAGGUCACCAGCCCGGCCUUCCAGAAGAGCCAGUCACAUGAGGCUCAGGGGCAGAGGUCACACUGCUGAGCUCUGGGUAAGGGCUGCAGGACCUCCAUGCUUCCCUGACCCCACCCAGGUCUGGGAGUUCCCAGCCCUUCUGUGUGAACAAGGUGGUAGACCAAGACUCCGAAAGCACAGAGGCGGCUGUGCUCCUUAGGGUCCGGACCCAACUGUUGGCCCACCCAAGGAGGGGGGCAUAGGAUGCUCAGGAGCCGGUCCAUGAUGAGGCCUCUCGCUCGCCCACUUGGGGGCACUCCAAAUCAACUUCCUUGGCCCCUGACUUACCUAGAGCUCAGAUGAGACCGGCUGGCCAGACCCUGCCGCAGGCCAUCAAGACAGACGACGGCUCUGCUUGGUGUGGUUGUUCAGGGUUGAGCAAAUUUGCAGGGGUGGGCAAGUCCAGGGGAGCAAUGGGGCUGAGAGAGUGGGACGCCCAGGCUCCCCGUGCUGGGAGAGAGCUGGUGCGGCAGAGGUGGAAAGGCAGCUGGGCCUCCAUCUGGGUCUUCUCCCUCGGCUGGGCUCACGGGUACAGAAUGGAGCACCUGUGCAGGGAGCACCUGUCAGCCUCACAGGCCCUGGCUCCUGACCCCACUCUGAAGCUGCUGCACAACCUUUGGUGGUCCUUCCUGAAGACGGGUGCACAGGCCUGCUGUGCUCACGAGUGUAUGUGGGCCUGGCAGGGGCCACGCUCUGCGGCAGUGUGGCCCCUGACACCUGUAGACCGAGGCCUGGGUGGCUGGCUGACUAGACCUGCCUGUGUGCCCCGCUCUGCACUGCCAGGCUGCAGACUGGCCUCGGAAGGCCUCACCAUAGUGGGGGAGCCAGAGGAGCUUGGACGCCAGACCCUGGGUCCCAGAGGGGGCCUGGCCACCGUCCUGGUCCCAGUGAGGUCACUGUUGGCACGGGGUGCUUGUGGGAUGCCAGCGCCCAGUCCGCCAGGCAGGCAUCUGGAAGAGGGCAGGUGUAAGUGUGCAAACUAGGGUCUGCCCUGGCUGCUGCUGACGCUCCGUACACACUCACAUCGCUGCAAGAGGGCAUGCCUGGCCCAUGUCUGACUCUGCCUUCCCUGCGCCUGUCUCUGUACGGCAGAGGCCUGUAUCUGUGUAAACCUGUAUGUGACAUGUGUGUGCGGUCCCUGAGUGUCUGUGUGAGUGCUUGGGUGUGUGGUCAGACUGUGUGUUGUGUCUCUCUGUGUCUGCUCCCUCAGUGGCCUUCCUGUGGCCACACACGUAUGUUUGCAUGUGUGUCCGGAGUCAGUAUGUCUGAGAAUACGUGUGAGUGUGCAUUGUGAUAUCUAGGAAAUUGUAUAAAAUCAACCCACUGGGGCCUUCGUUCGUGCCGGCUUCUCCAUCCCUCAUGUCAGCCUCUUAGGUUUUGCUGCUGGGCUCUCAGCCCUGAAUGGACACACGAGGAAACCGCGCAUACACACACAGCCAUUUCUAGAACUGAACCAGCCUUCCUCAUGACUGUCGUUACUCCAUGACUUCCCAGCCCAGCUGCCCAGCAAGCCAGGCCUGAGGUGCUUGGCAGCACACACCUCUCCUCCUCUGUUCCCUGACUUGCUGGCUGACCAAGGCCCAGGCCCAGUGCACCGCUCGGCCUACUGUGCUGCACUUCUCUGAGGCCCAAUGCGGCCUCCGCUCCGCACCGGGCAGAGCCCAGUCCCUUCUAUUCUGCCCCACCUCUGCUGAAGCUGAGUCCAGGCCCUGGCACACGAGCGCACGCGCGUGCGUACACGUACACGCCCCCAUGCACGCACACACAUACACACACACCUCUUCAGCUCAGGCUGGCAGCUCUGGAAGCUUGAGGCCUGGCGGAGACCCAGACACAAUAGCUGGCCUGCAGAACAGGGCGUGCCCAAUACUGUCAUUCAGGGUACAUAAAGUCCAGCGGCAGCCAGAUUCCCAGAGAAAUGCUUCUGAGCCCCGAAAGCCCGGAGGAAUGUGUGACUGGGCGAGAGGCGGGCCACACCUCGUCCGGCCACCUUGCCUCGUUUCCUCAUCUGUGAAAUGGACUGGUUACAUAAGCUGAGACAGUGUUGAGACAUCCCAGAGCUAGGGCUCACGGUGUUAACUGAGCCAGGCAGGGGCUCAGGGGCAGACCUGCCUGGCCUCAGGGGCUCCUCGAGACAGACUGAAGGACUCCUUAAAGCUGUGGCUCAUGGGAAGAGGGACCAUGGCCUUCUGGACUUCGUCAGCCGUGGCUACAGGUGCCACCUGGCUGCUGUGGCUGCAGGAGGGCCUUCCCCGCUGCCCCACCCCUCCUCAGCUGCCACAGGACCACGGCACUGAGAGCCUGAGGCUCCUCCCCCUCCCCUUCCCAGGCCCCCUUCUUGAGAACUUGUGAACCUUCGGACCUGGGCUGGUCUGGGCUUGGCCCAGCUGGCAUCGACUUUGCCUCUGGGGUGGGGUUUCCUGAGCAGGUCUGUGGGGCUGGGAUUGGCAGCACUUCGAAGAGACCGACUCACUCAAGAGAGGAGUUGAGGGGAGUCCUCUUAUCACAGGGCAUCCAGGUUCGUAGAGACCCCGGAGACGCCCCUUGGCAGCCUCAGCAGCCAGACUCCCAGCAGGAACAAGUCUUCGCUCACCGGGCCUGCACUGCUUUGCAGCUCCGUGACAGGCUAGCUGCCGCUGUGCUGCGCUGCCUUUCUGUGAGAAAACAGGAUUCACAAGGCGCACUCCAUGUUUUCCAACAGUGGUGGUCUCUAACAGGGCCCCUGGGUGGAUCUUGCUCUCUUUGAAUGUGGAUUAUUAGCCUUGUUUGUGCGGGAAGGCAGGCUUGAACUGUGGGGCUGAAUGACUUGAUACUGCUGCGGUAAUUUGGUAAGGCUGUGGCACGAUGUGGGACAACCUCACCUGCUGGCCGGCGACUCCUCGGGGCCAGGUGGUGGUCCUGGGCUGCCCCCUCAUCUUUCAGCUCUUCUCUGGUCACGGCCAUAACGUCAGCCGGAGCUGUACCGGAGAGGGCUGGUCAGACCUGGAGCCGGGGCCCUACUACACCGCCUGCGGCCUGGAUGACAGGCUGUUCGGUGUGGAUGAGCAGGAACAGACCGAGUUCUACAGCGCUGUGAAGACCGGCUACACCAUUGGCUAUGGCGUGUCCCUCGCCAGCCUCCUGGUUGCCAUGACCAUCUUGAGCCUGUUCAGGAAGCUGCACUGUACCCGAAACUACAUCCACAUGCAUCUCUUCAUGUCCUUCAUCCUGAGGGCCACUGCCGUCUUCAUCAAGGACAUCACCCUCUUCAACAACAGGGAGGUGGACGACUGCUCAGAGGCCUCGGUAGGCUGCAAGGCAGCUGUGGUUUUCUUCCAGUACUGCGUCAUGGCCAACUUCUUCUGGCUGCUGGUGGAGGGCCUCUACCUACACACCCUGCUGGCCGUGUCCUUCUUCUCUGAGAGGAAGUACUUCUGUGGAUACAUUCUCACCGGCUGGGGAGUGCCCAUUGUGUUCAUCAUGAUCUGGACCAUCGUCAGGGUCCAUUUUGAAGACUUCGGGUGCUGGGACACCAUCCACUCCUCCCUGUGGUGGAUCAUAAAGGGCCCCAUCCUCGCCUCCAUCCUGGUGAACUUCAUCCUGUUUAUCUGCAUCGUCCGGAUCCUGGUUCAGAAGCUGCGGCCACCUGACAUCGGGAAGAAGGACAGUAGCCCAUACUCGAGGCUGGCCAAGUCCACGCUCCUGCUGAUCCCGCUGUUUGGAGUUCACUAUGUCAUGUUUGCCUUCUUCCCUGACAACUUCAAGGCUGAGGUGAAAAUGGUCUUCGAACUUGUCGUGGGGUCUUUCCAGGGUUUUGUGGUGGCCGUCCUCUACUGUUUCCUCAAUGGCGAGGUGCAGGCCGAGCUGCGGCGGAAGUGGCGGCGGUGGCACCUGCACGGCGUCCUGGGCUGGCGCUCCAAAUCCCAGCACCCGUGGGGAGGCAGCAACGGCGCCACGUGCAGCACCCAGGUCUCCAUGCUGACCCGCGUCAGCCCCAGCGCGCGCCGCUCCUCCAGCUUCCAAGCCGAGGUCUCCCUGGUCUGACCGCCAGAGGCCGCCAGGCCUCUCCGCAGCCUCCACGCUGCCCGGGAGCGGAGGUUGCAGCGGCGCGGCUGGCUCCAGCCUCGGGCCGACGCUCUCCUUCGCGGCCAGGACUGGGUCCACGUUCCCGGGAGCAAGGAGGCCUGACCCUGGAGGAUGCCGGGAGGAACCAGCAUCACACCCGCCUCCGUAGGCUGCUCUGCCAAUCGUGCGCACCAAAUCUGCUUACACCUCCUGAAAAGCAGCCGUCUGUCCUUAAAGCUUUGGAACCCUGAGGGCGGAAAGGUUCCGCCCUGAUCGUGCCUAGAAUUCUGAUGUGGCCCUCACAGCGCUCUGGGUUAAGCGUUGCCAGCGAGGCUCCUCUCUGAGGACGCAGCCCCUUCCCUAGUGCCCUGCUUUUAUCUGGCAGCCGCUCCGGGUGGGUGAGUUCUCUACCUCAGGCAGACAUGGUUGCCACCUGGAGUUUCCGUUUGUGGGUCCCAGCUGGGGUCCUCCCUCAGGAUGGAAUGGCCCCGGUGUGUCCUCCGACCUGGUUGCUCAGGGAAGGGAAAAGACAGCCCCAGCCAGCGAUCACGCAGCGGCUUGUCCAUCACGUAGGACCAGUCACGCCAGCCUUACACACAACCAAAGCAAUACGGAGCGGCCCGCCCUGGCGCACAUCUCCAGGCCAGCUACUGCAGCAAGGGCCCGAGACUAAGCACACAGGCCCCUUGAUGCUGAGGCCUCCCUGACAGCACUGGUAGUGAAACCGAGUCUGGGAGAGAGCAGGUCUCUUUUCCUGUUGCUCGUGCAAACAUGAAGACUACCUUUUGGCAUACUGUGAUCUGCGAGUUCUCCUGGGGUUGUAUUACACAGAUGUUACUGCCCUUGCUCCCCACUUCCUGUGCCUCCCGGGAGAGUGGCUGAGUGGCUGCUGACAGAAAAGCCUGCGGGUCAAGGUUAGGCCUCCCUCCACCCUGGGCCUCUAACCCAAGCUGGUAUCAGCAGGCCCCCUCAGAGCCGCACCCGGCUUUGUGACAGUAAAUCCUGGCUCUACCGCCCUGGCUUAGUUCUCCUGCUCCCUCUAAGCAGCUGUGUGACCUCUGCUCCAGUGAGAGGGGCCACUGAAGCUACCACCCUCCUGGCUUUGGACAGGAACCCCACGUUUCCAUGUGAGGACUUACCCCAAGAGCCUUUGAUUCACACCCUGAGUGUGAAGAGGUUGUAACAGGUUCCACUGUGACCCUCUCCCCCCUACACCCAGCUGGAAGGAGACAGACUCUGCCUCAUACCAAAUCAAAACAGCCAGCGGAGCUGUCGGAAGCAGCAAAGGUUCAGUCAUUCCUGGAGACACAGCAAAGGGAAUGUGACAACCGGGUCUCGUUGCCUGGGGGCCAACCGACAUGCUAGUGAGUGCAAACCCCCAGCACGAACAGUGGAGAGAGAGGCUGUGUGCCGAGUGGAAAGGUUUGCACGGCCGAGGGGCAGGCGGGUGGCACUGGCCGGUCGAGGGACAGCCCGAGAGAGUGUGUGCAGACACACCUGUAAACGUCGGGUUGUCUUGCUGGUGAAGCCACAUGUAGAUGCCAGGCUGUUGUAAAGAAGCCAGGAUGAGCUAGCAGAGGCUCAGAUCUGUCGUCAGGGCCCCUUCAAAGGCUGCCCCCUCAGUACUGUGCCAGGACAGAUCAGAAAUAGCUUCCGAGGCCAGAAGGGCCCUGUGCCUGAAUGAACAGGCCUGGGAUUCCCCCAGCAGUGGUGUGUUGUGGCAUCAGGGUAAGGCACAGAGCCCUGGGUGGGCACCAGUGUCCAGCCAGGAGGACAGAGAGUGAGUAAAAGCCAAAGUGCGUCCGAGAGGGGAAGGGCAGAGGUGGGCACUGCCCAGAGAAGGCAGUGAGUAGCUCAGCGGGGCACGUUCUGUGAUGAAGAGGCUGGCAGCCUUGGGUGAGGGGCUGAGAAGACACGCUGGCAGCCUGGGUUAGUGACAGGCGUGGGGUGCUAGGCCUCCUCAUCCCAGCCUGCUUUUCCUCUCCCAACACCAGGCCCUCCAGUCCUGCCAGGCACCUGUCAGGCCAGGCCAAUUCAUCUCUAUCGCCAUCUGGUGGGCGCUUUAAAGACUUUACCAACUUGGGCGGCCCUAGCUUAUGGCUGUCAGGUAGCUCUCACAGCGGGAGGCAACAGACUCAGAAGGCAGGCUUCCGAGUGUGAGAGAAAGGGUGUGGUGAGGAUCACCCCUACGGCCAGCCCCACACCUCACCCUCAGUCAAACCUACCGGACCUGUGUGAGUCAGGCCUGAUGGAACCCAGACUCCGGUCGGUGCUCCUUAGAAUGGAACCCUUCCCACACCCUCCAAGGCAGCGUCCAGCUAACUGAGGGGUUAUGGAGAGGAAGCUGCACCAUGUGAGCUCGGAGGCUCUGUCAGCUCCGUGGAAAGGCUUGCUUGCAGGUGGUCCUCCCGCUCUGCAGCACUGCCUGUUCCAGGAGGCGGGCCGCUUGCUAGCAGAACAGCACUCAGGCAUUUGAGGGCCAGGAGGGUGCUGGGGUGCCAGGGACACCAGAGUCCGGCUGGUAGACAUUGGGGCUCUUGCCAGUAGACAUAAAGAGAAGGUUUAUCAGAUGAGGUCGAGAGAUGGUGAGAGGUUGAUGCGGAGGAGGACCCAGGGUGGAUGUCUGCAAAGGGAGCCAGGCCAUCAACAGGAAAGGGAGGGGUCAGUUGGUGAGACAAUGGCCUGGUUUGGGGCACGCAGAAGGGCAGAAGGGAAUGGGAGAGGUAUAUGGAAAAAAGACCCUGUAAGGCUGUUGGAAAUAGGACCUUAAAGGGACAGAAGGUGGGAAGAGCAAGGCAGCCCCUUUGGAAGGAACGGUGAGUGUAAGGCAAGUCUCCAGGCGUCCCAUGGGUGUGCUGGGCAUUAGGGUAAGGAAUGUGACUCAACCCCUCCAUCCGAGUUGCUGGUCGUCGGUCUGUUGGUCAGUCUGUUUUAAUGAGCAGUGGCUGGGUUUCCCUCCCCCCAUGUGGGAACAGGAAGGACUCUUAUCUCUGGGGGAAGGGGAAGGGGUGGAGCCACAGCUGGCAGUCAUUAGAUGUCCUGCUCCAGCCAGGGAUGGCCAAGAUAUUAUUAGCCCCAGAUCCCCUGAAGUCACAGCGUCCCAGGAAAGGGACGAGUAACCUCGGCAGGCAGGCCAGCAGAUGGGUCAGGAGGCCAUCAUGGUAAUGCCCCGUCCUCUGCGGGAGACAGAUGAGGCCACCAAAAGCCAGAGAGGGGAGUCAUUGUAGAGGCUGGAGCUGAACCCAGCUCUCCAAAUCCCAUAGUCGUGCCUCAGCUAUGCUACACAAAGUCAAGGAUGAGCAUUCGUGUGCCCUCCCUGGAGACCAUUUAGCAGUCCUGAUUCUGUCUUGAUACAUUGUUUAUCCUGUAUUUUUGCAUUUAUUUUGAUAUUUUAAAAUACUGCAUUAAAAUAUUAUUUACCUUGA